AUGGCCGAAACAAGCGAAGAAAACGGUUCCGAACAGGAGAGUGAGCAGAGCGACUUGUUCUCGUCGGAGGAUGAAAUACAUGCUGAAUUUGAGAGAGCAAAUACUUGGCUCCUUCGAGCUCUAAGUUGCUCGCUUGAAUACGAUGAGUACGAGGCUUUGCUAGGCCAAAUAAAAACUCAAGGAGAGUAUUGCUUGACAACACACCAAGAAUUUAGGGACAAUAUUCUGUCAGAAAGUUUGUUAAAGAUAGACGUGUGUCGGUAUCUUGAAGAAAAUUGGCCCCUGUCUGAUGAGGAUCUGGAGAGAAUAUACGAGCUGUAUCGAUUAGUCGCAUAUCAAAGAUGUUCUAGGUGGAUUUUUCAAAUUUGGGGGAAUAAACAUCGAAGACCAUUUCCUGCUUGUAUUGAUGCUAGCAUACGAAAACGCUUCGCGUCACCAGACGGACUUUAUACACAUUUUUAA